GGCGGCGGGCGGAAGUGCGGCUGGGCGCGGGUCACCUCCUGGCCGGGAAGAUGGCCCAGAGGCUGGCGCUGCGGCGGCUGCUGUCCCUCACCCCGCGGGGUCCCCCGGCACCCCCCGGCAGGGCCUUUGGCACCUCGGCGGGCCGCAGGAGCACCUUCAAUGUGCAGGAUGGCAGCGACUUCCAGGACCGGGUGGUGAACAGCCCCAAACCCGUGGUGGUGGAUUUCCAUGCACAGUGGUGUGGUCCCUGCAAGAUCCUGGGCCCCAGGUUAGAGAAGAUGGUGGCCAAGCAGGAGGGGAAGGUGGUGAUGGCCAAGGUGGACAUUGAUGAUCACACAGACCUUGCUAUCGAGUACGAGGUGUCAGCAGUGCCAACUGUGCUGGCUAUGAAGAACGGAGACGUUGUGGAUAAGUUUGUGGGCAUAAAGGAUGAGGAUCAGCUGGAGGCAUUCCUCAAGAAACUCAUUGGAGCCUGAAGUAAAAGGGUGGCUGUACCUCUCCUCUGGACAUGUCCAUGUUGUGCAUUCCUUACCUGGGAGAGCUGAGGGCAGGUCAUCUCCCUGCCCUGUACAACCUGAGGGUUUCUUCUGGUUUGGUGAUUUUAGGAGAUGGACAGUGUUGUAACCCUUCCCUCCCUCCCCCACUUCUCGUGAGCAGUAGUUGUAAAGGGCACUGAGGAGCAGGGCUGCUUAUUCUCAAAAUAGGGAAUGUGGCUGGAAUUAGGAGCCUGUGUUUAUCAGCCAAGAGCUGACGUGCAGAGCUGCUGCUGCUGAGUUAAGAGGAGGAAUGUUUUUCUCUUUGCCUCACAUCUGAUAGCCCAGAGCAGAGGGCAGCUGCUCCCUGCAAGAUGAUGGUACAUACCUGCCCUGGGUGGGUUCAUUUAAAGCUGAGAAUGCCUCUGCCUUGCCUGUGAAACUUGUCUCUUUGUUUCUUUGUCCUCACGAUGCAGGGAUGGGUACAACUCCUCUACAAAUCCAUGGGCUCCCAUCAUAAUUUUAUAAGAGAGAAUAUGGAGAAGUAUUUUAUGGAUCUCCUUUUGUAUGCUUGCAAUAGAGAACUUUAUCGGUCACUGCUGUCUGGCUGGAGAAUAAAACUUGAGUCUUAGAAAUCACAGGGAAGUCCCUUGUCUGUCCAGAGAGGUGAGAGGGAGUAUCAGCAGCACAGUGGGCUGGUUUCUAAUGAUGAGUUGGGAGCGUGCAGGUUAUGACUUGAUCCCUACUAAAAGGUAAUGUGCUGAAAAACAAAGUAGGGGAUUUCAGUGCAACUUCUAGGACCCCCUUUGUGUGCUGCUGGAUCCAGGGCAACAGAGGUAGGACUUGCCUCUCACAUGCAGAGGAGCAGCUGCUCACUGUGCACAAGGAACCCGAGCUGUGCUUGCUUCCCCCAUGCUUUUCUCACUCCUUCCCUGCCUGUGGAGCCUGAGAGCCUCCCUCUCCCUUUUGUGCGUUAUUAAGUCUGCUCGCGCAGGUGAGCCCUGCCGGAAGGCAGCCUUGACUUCAACUGCCCUGACCUUUGGACUACGGGUGCCAGUUUUGUGCUCCUAUUGCAAGAGCCUUCAGCCAUUCCUACCUCUUCCUCCUCCUCAUAUGCACCUGUUUCCAGCCAGCCCGGCUUCUGAGUGCUUGUAGGCAGAGUACAGCACCAGCACUGAUGCCUACUCUAAUGUUUAAUUCCAGUUUGCUUAUCUGAGCUGCAUGAGAACAUUGUAAGUGCUUAAUAACCAUGUACAAGCUGCUUUCUUCUUCCUCCACAGCUUCUGAUUCCUUCAGUCACUCUUAAAUCUGCUUUGGCUCUGUUCCAUUUCACCUCCCUGGCAUAGGUUGUUACAAGCAGUGAGGAAAUUUUUUUUCCUGCACCUUUGCAAUGACAAUUUAUGAGCUUUGAAGGAGCCAGGGGAGUGGUGAUCCAAGUCCUGCUGCCAGUGCAGUGCUGCUGGUGUCACUGCUCCCACCUGCUUCUGUCACCCCUGGGGCCUGGGCAGCAGCACGAGGUGGUGCUGGUCCCCUGAGAUGGGUGCCUCCCCAUCCGGGCUGGGCUGAUCUCACCCCUGGCAUGCUGCUAGAGGUGAUGUCACUUGGAUGUAAUUUGGUUAAGAACUGUCGGUCAGUUGUGAUCAAUAAAACCUGGCAUUUCAUUUUA